CACCUGUCGAUCAAAGACCGGAUCCAAUUGUCCACAAUCCUGGACACUGACCACAAUUGGAAACUAUUGGCCGCUAUUAUACCCAAACCGGAUGGGAUGACCGGCCCUUUGAUCACCAGCUCUAAUGUUAAAGUAUUGGAGGAUUUGCUGAAAAUAGGCAAAAGUCCCACUCAAGCCUUACUUGACUUCUGGGGAACCAGUGGUCGAAAACGGGCCACAAUUGAGGACCUUAUAAGACUAUUAAAUUCUUGUCACUUAUACAGAGCCUCACUAUUAUUAUGCAAAGAUAUACUUAAGAUUGAAUCGUAUGAGCACUUAAUUGAUAUCAAUUGUGAUGACAAUGAAUCCAUCAAUAAAAUGAUGAGUGAUAUGAAUCUCAAUACUAAAAACAGCGAUAAAUUCAAUGAUAAUAAGAAUUGUUUUGAUAAAGAAUUUAGUGAUUUGUCGACAAAACUGUGUCAACAGUGGACCGAUAAUAAUGAGGAUAAGAAUCGCAUAUUAGAUCCGUCAGCGCCUAAUGAAUCACUGAUUAGUUUUAAAACCAAUGAAACAGAAAAUGUAAUCAUUGAAGGUCUGGUCCAAUACUCAUACGAUGAGAUCCGUUGUGCGACCAAUGAUUUUGUUGACCACAAGUUAGGCGAAGGCGCGUUUGGGACAGUAUUCCGGUGUCGACUCCAACGGGAUUCCCAUUAUAUUGCAGUCAAGCGAUUGAAAAAUGAUUUUCAAAAACAAUUUCUAUCGGAAAUCCAAGUCAUGAGUAAAUUCUCUCAUCAAAACUUGUUAUCAAUUCGUGGCAUAUCUUGCGACGGGCCGUCACUUCUCAUUAUCUAUGACUAUAUGCCUAACGGAUCCCUUCAGGAUUGUCUGGAAAGGAGACCUCAUUGUAUGGAUUGGAGCCAAAGACUGGCCAUUGCGGUGGGAACUGCCAGAGGUAUCCAUCAUUUGCAUACAUUUGAUGAGAAGCCAUACGUUCACCGAGACAUCAAAAGUGCUAAUAUAUUAAUCGACCAUAAUUUGAACGCACGAGUCGGCGAUUUUGGAUUAGUUAGGGCCGGAAGCACCGGUACAUCUACCGGAGCAAUGACCACAACAGUGGUCGGAACCACUAUAUAUAUGGCACCGGAAGCCCAUCGGGGAGACAUCAGCAUAAAACUGGACUCAUUUAGCUUCGGUGUAGUAUUACUUGAAUUAUUGACUGGUCUUAAGCCAUACGACGAGGACCGGGAGGCCAAGGAU